AAGCACGAUUGGAUAGGACCGGCCGACAAAGUUUCCAACUUGCGUCCAUUGAAGUUCUACAAAAAGAAGAGAGAAUCAAAGAGAGAGGAAGAGUUGAGAAUUUUUAGAGAGGACACCCAGGCAUGGAAUCAAGAGUUUUGGAGAAAGCAUAAUGAUAAUUUUACAAUGAUGAAGAAGGAAUACAUAAAAGAAAAUGGAAAAGAUAAGAACCUAACAACAGCUGAGAUGGGAAUAUUCUACAAGAAAUUCCUUGAUGAUAAUUACAGAAUACACCUUCAAUACAACAAAUCAUGGUACUUGAAAAACUUCAAAAUUCUCUGGCUAACUGUUUUAGUUCAGUUUGAAAAAAUUUUCAAAAAAUGA